AUGACUCAAGACAAGGUUUCAAUCGGUGGCCAUAACAGUCAGUAUCUGGGUAUACCUUUCAUCACUGUUAAAACAGAUAAAAACAUGGCCUGUAGCGAGGAGGAAUUGAGCAAAAUCUAUAAAAGACAUGAAAGAAUUCUGGCUGGGUGGGGAGAGGUACCAUUCGCCACCCCCCCCAACCGAAUAACUGAGCAUGCAGACGCCAUUAUAAAACCUGGCGUUGUGGAUCCGGAUCCAGACGAAACAGUGCCAGAAAUUAAAAACAAGCCUAAUUCUAAACACGCCGGAAAACUUAAAUUCGGUUCAAUGGCCAACCGUCUUCCGAACCAACCCAAGCCCAGCCGGCCCAAAUCGAAGCCCGAAAAACCGGACUAUAGGUGGGAGUUAGGUUAUGACAACCCAAUUAUCCAUGAUGGGAGGGUUCGAAAGCACAAAGAUGCCAGCUCAGGCUCAAAUCUCAGACCGCGGGAUCCAGCCCCCAAGCCCCCAUCGUGCCCUACCGCUGACCAUAAUAUCACCAUAACAGUAGAGAGUUUUUAUGAGAGACGAAAGAUAUGUCAAUCACCAAACACUAGUUUAGAGGAGAUUGGCGGUCGGUGCUACACCAGAAGUACAACCGGGUGCUCACAGGGUGAGGGCGUCACUAUCUAUCUUAUCGAGACGGGGGUAGACAUGGAUACUAUUGGAAAUUUUCGUCCACUAAUAGAGAAUAUGUCAAUUGGACCGGUAUGGCAAACCCUUAGGCCUUCCAAAUACUCGAAUGUGCCGCAGAAAACCUCUGAUCAUGCCACUGACCUUGGAGACAUAACUGCCUUCGGAUACCAUGGAACGGCUAUGCUCAGCCUCAUAUCGCACAACCGGCUUGGUUACGCACCGAAAGCAGAUGUUGUGUUCGUAAAGUAUUACAAUAAAUACGGUUACUAUACUACAGCACAUCUAUUCAAUGCGUUGAUAUCGGUCUUCGAUGAAGUAAUGGACGGUGGCCUCAAACAGGUUAUAGUAUCAUGCGCUUGGUUUUUCGAUCAAGUACAGCCAGACAAUCGGCUUUUUGCGGAUGUAUACGACCCGCCUGAUCAAAAAAUGAGAACAAAUGACCUGAUUCGAUGGCUUACCGUGCAGUUAAUGACGGUUUUUCGGAAUCGCAAGGGUAUCAUUGUUGUUACUAGUACCGGGAAUGAGAAACUAAUAACAAAAAACAAUCCCCACAACCGUAAUGCAAAGCACCCGGCCACCACUAACAUUACAAAAUCACGUUUGUUCCUUUCGGAACCCCAACAGCCCGAGUACUAUUUAUCCCCAACAAGUGAAAGUGGACAGUUCCCCGACGUCAUAGUGCCGGUCGGGGCAUCGGACAGACAAGACAUGAAAAUGUUCGAUGAUAUACCAGGCUCUAAUGACGUUAAAAUCAGGGCCUGGGCUCCUGGAGAGGGUAUUCACGUCGCUGGACCCGACUUCAACGCCGAUGCAGGGGUUGAGUUAGCUACAAGUGUGUCGUUUGCCGUUGGCAUAGUUGUAGGACUGCUUGCGUCCUAUAUCUCGGAAGGGGUCCCAAUGACAAAAGUAAUACAGCAUUUAUAUGAUUUAGCAUGGCCGCGGGUUCCAGGGGGCCCAAAUAUCGUAUGGAAUGGUGUUGAGAAGGACGAAUGGCCCGGGGGAAUUCCACAUCUUCCACCACGACGGCCAUCUGGGUAUUAA